UCGAGCAGACGACAGGAAUCGACAUUACUGACGCAUGCGUCGAUACAACUUUUUCUAUGGCCGCCAUGCUAGCCACUGGGCUGAGAUACCUACCUCGUUGUGUCAGGCGGUUUUCGAGCUGCCGAUCACAGUUUACAAGAUUAAAGGUCGUCAAGAAUGUGGAGGAGGAAAUCUCAUCGGGAUCAGGUCGGGCGUGUGCGCUGCUGCUCCGCUGUCACGGGACCCUGGCGGCCAGGUUCCGCGGUGACACUGUGGCCAACGUUUUUCAGCAGCACAGAGGAUUCCGGUGUUCGGCCAUAGCAUGUGAUGAGUUUAAGAUAGUUCCUGUGCCGACAUUAGCCGAAUCUAUAUCAGAAGGAGAUGUCAAGUGGCUUGUAGGUGUGGGUGACUUUGUAAAAACGGAUCAGACGGUAGCAGAAGUCGAAACGGAUAAGAUAAACGUCUCAGUUAAUACGCCUGCAGCAGGUGUAAUAGUAGAGCUUUUCGUCCCAGAUGGGGAAAAGGUGAAAACUGGUGAGAAGCUUUUCAAGCUCAAAGUAUCAGAUGCCCCUCCUUCGAAAGAGGAAGCCGCGCCAUCCCGACCCUCGCCUCCACAACCACCUCCACCACCAUCCGCCAAACCUGCAGCACCCUCCGUGUCCACCUCGCAUCCUGCGCCUUCUGCCCCUCCUCCCGUCCCGCCGGUGCCGUCCAGCCGCAAACCUCUUCCCACGUCAUCAGUGAAGCCCACACCAGCUUCCUCCGGCGCCUUGCCACCUGUCGGCGGAGCCCGCACAGAGCAAAGGGUGAAGAUGAACCGCAUGCGACAGCGCAUCGCACAGCGCCUGAAGGACGCGCAGAACACGUGCGCCAUGUUGACCACUUUCAACGAAGUAGACAUGAGCAACGUCAUGGAGAUGCGCAACAAGUACAAGGACCCCUUCCAGAAGAAGUUCGGCCUCAAGCUGGGCUUCAUGUCUGCCUUUGUCAAGGCCACGGCCUUCGCCCUUCAGGACCAACCGGUCGUCAACGCCGUCAUCGACGAGCAGGAAAUCGUCUACCGCGAUUACAUCGACAUCAGCGUCGCUGUCGCGACGCCAAAGGGACUGGUGGUGCCCGUGAUACGUAACGUCGAAGGAAUGAACUACGCUGACAUAGAGAAGGUCAUCGCAGAACUAGGAGAAAAGGCCCGCGCUGGAACGCUGGCCAUUGAGGACAUGGACGGCGGCACCUUCACCAUCAGCAACGGCGGCGUCUUCGGCUCCAUGUUCGGUACUCCGAUCAUCAACCCACCCCAGUCAGCAAUCCUAGGCAUGCAUGCAAUUUUUGAUCGACCUGUCGCCGUUGGCGGGAAGGUGGAGAUCCGCCCAAUGAUGUAUAUUGCGCUCACCUACGACCACAGACUUAUAGACGGCCGCGAGGCUGUGCUUUUCUUGAGAAAGAUCAAAUCUGCUGUUGAGGACCCGCGGGUCCUGUUGCUGGAUUUGUGAGUUCCUCUGCUGCUAAGCAACACCUCGCAACGCCAGCAGCCGAGGUUGUGUUGUGAUAUCCCAGAAGACUCGAUGAGAUUAGACAAGAUUUUUGUUUGUUUUUCUCGUUUGUUUGUUGUUUCUUUUUUUUUUUUUUUGGAGAAAAUGUCACUGUAUAAAUAUACAAUAUAAGCUCUCACGA